UCGACAGGUAUUUGGCACUUUUUAAAGGACAAACAGAAAAAUAUCGACACAUACGUGUGGUUUUUACCGGCAAAGACGGAGCCGGUAAGACUACAAUUUGUCGCCGUCUUAGGAAUCAAAUAGUCGAUCUUACGACACGCAAACCAACUGAAGGGGCUGCUUUAUACCCCGUCUGCUUCUCGAUAGAGCAGGGAUGUAAAGAAUGGAAACCGAUUGAUGAUUCGCCUGAGAGGGUGAUAAUAUCACGUAUGGGAACAAAAAUGAUGGAAACAGAAACGUCAGGACGAAAAUCUGGUGUACCGACAGACAGGGAAGUAAAGUCCGCCAGCUCCUCAGUUAGAUAUGAUGAAACAUUACCUAUGGAGGCAAGUGAUGUUAUAGACGCUCCACGUCGAAAUCCCGAUGACGCGUUUCUGUCUCUGUGGGAUAUGGGAGGACACAUGUCAUUUCAGUCGUCCCACAACGUCUUCAUAUCCUCCCACGGAGUAUACAUAAUAGUCUUCAGACUCACAGAUUUUCUCAAAGACAAGCUUGAAACUGAUCGACUAAAGAAAUGGAUCCGUCUGAUUGGCACGUUUUCAAAGCAUGAAGUCAACGCCCCAAAGCCCAGUACAGAAAGCAUGCCUCCGUCAAACCCCAGUACAGAAAAGAUGCAUACGCCUCCGCUUAUUUUCGUAGGCACAUUCCUUGAUGAGUUAAAGAAAACAUCAAAGGACUACAAGAAACAGAUAGAUAACAUACAGAAUAACAUCUCCAAAUUCCCAGAAUUGUCAACCUUUGAUUUUGUAAAGUUCUGUACAGUCGAUAACAGCCUCGGCAAUGAUGAUAAAGAGCUAGAAACAUUGCGAGGAUUCAUCACAGAAGCAGCGGCGCAUCAGGAUCAGUGGGAAAGAGAUAUUCCUACGACAUGGUUAAAAUUGGAAUUGGAUUUAUUCAACAAGAGGAAAAGCGGGGAAAGAAUAUUGGCACUGGCAGACGUCAUACAAAUGAACAAAGAAUCAGUGGCUCCAUUGAAGGAUGCGGAUGAGAUCAGACUUGCGCUGGAGUACCUGCACAGCACAAGGUCUGUGAUAUAUUUCCGAGAAUUCGAUUACGUCAUCAUUGACCCCCAGUGGCUUGCAGAUUUUUUCAGCAUCCUAAUUACCGAUGACCAGUUUCUUCCCCACAGUGACCUCGUGUUGAGACGAGACUUAGAGUUAUACAAAGCAAAGGGCGAAUUGACUGAGAAAUUGAUCGCUGGUCUGCUCAAUGUAGAAAAGAACAAAGACUUCACGCCCUUUAAAACCGUUCUCUUGGCUCUGAUGGAAAAAUUUGGCCUGAUAGUGAAAGUAUUGUUGCAAAAAGCCGCUACAGAAAAUACACAAUUCAGUAAGACCUAUACUAUUCCAAGCAAGCUAAGGGAGCUCCAAAACAUCGAUAUCUCCGAUACAGUCAAUUUACUCAAUUCGCUCGCUGUCUCCAGUACGUUGUGUUUUGUAUUUGAGGAGGUCUAUGUACCAAACGAACUGUUUUAUAGAGUAUUUGCUCAUGUCCUCAAGACAUAUCCAACAGCAGAUUUGUCAACACGAAGCUUGGCGGUAUCAGCAGAAGGAAGCGAAAGGACGACAGAGAAUACAGAUUGUCUGUAUAUGGGUUUCGGGUGUUUCGAGGUCAACGACAUUUGCAGAAUGAUCUUGUCCAUGCAUGCCGAGAGAUCCACAAUUGCCGUGACAGUGUUCAGUCCUACAGAAUCUCACCUUCCGGUAGAUUCUGGAAAGCUUGUUCGGCUCUCAAUUGAACGUAUUCUUCGCGAAACAUUACUAAUGAGUAACCAACAGCAUUACCUUUACUCACAGCAACUGCACUGUAACUUCCACUUGAGUCCAUACGACACCCCAGUACAACUGUACGGCAUCAUCCAUUCAAAAAAGGGCGUGUCCUGUAAAGGUGGAGAAUGUCAAGGACAACAUCUUCUGACAAAAGCAGACGCUGAGUAUUGGGAUGUCAAAGAGGAUUCCACAAAGACACAAGACAGAGAAAGCAUUACAGGAACACCCUUGGUGGACAAGUACAUUUCAAAUCGAAGGCCAACUCCCCGGGAACUUGGUCGCCUGUCACGUCUGGUUAGCUUGUCUUCCUAUAGAAUGUUUAUAUACCUUGGCCUUUCUGAAGCAGAACUCGAAACUAUCAAGGCAGAGUCACAAAUGUUAGCGGGAAGAACGAUAAUCACGAAGAUGUUCCUAACAUGGACCAAAAUUUAUCCUAAAAUGACCUUCCAUGACAUCAAACUGGCUAUGGAUAAAGCUGAAUUGGCAUCUGAUCGCAUCUUGGAAGUGAUUGAAGCAAACAAGGGGUCAUCGUGUCAAGAUAUUGUUCCUAAUGAGGUCUGGAUCAGAGCCCCUUCUGAUUAUGAAAUAACAGAAAUAGUGAAACACAUUGGUAACACGUACUUCAACCUGUGUCUUGAGCUCGGGCUGUCACCGCCAGUAAUAGAUCAACACGUACACGACCGACCGAACAACUUCGAGGGAAUGAUGGGUGCCCUUCUUCGGUGCUGGAUAAACACAUUCCAGCAGCAGGCAACAAUAGGCAGGCUGUUGACAGCAAUGAAAAUUUGUGACACUGACUGGUACACAACGGCACAACACUUGUCAAAGAAUGUUUGGAGGAUCAACUGACUUGUGAUUGAAUCAGUAUAUAACUAUUACACAUGAUAUAUACUUUCAGAAUGAAAGUAUUCUCUGAAAUACUGAAAAAAAAGUUUUAGCACAAAUCAGUUAUAAAUAAUACCCAUCUCACUAACGGAAGCUUAAAUCAGUUAAUCAAGACCCAUUGAUAUUUAUUCACAAAUGGAAUAUUAAAAUAUUGUGCGAUGUGCUGGAAAAAAAUUAAAAGCAAAAAAAAAAUAAACAAACAAAAGCAAACAAAAUUUAUUCGCGAUAUAAAAAAGAAAUCACGAAAAAGCGAGUACAAAUCGUAUCUAGAAUUAUGUUUUUUCUUUAUCGUCUCAUCGGAAACAAUCUUAACAAUCUUGCUUUUAGUUUGAUUUUAUUAUUGUAUAGUAUAAUGACACAGAAAUGUAAAUGUGAAACAUGUAUUGCUACAUUUAUCAUUAUCGCUGACUCAUGAACCUGUUCUAUGUGUUAUUAUUAUGCGGUGGCUGCGUUUUAUAUGGUUUAUAGGAAACAACCAACCAAUUGAAAAAAUAGAUUUCUG